AUGGGCACCUUCCCCCUGGCGUUAGUGGGUGAGGACAGCCAAGUAGCUGAGGAGGACCCCAGCUACAACUGCUGGGGAGCCGUGCCUCGGCCUCAGGCAGGCAGCAGGGACCGUGGCUGCGUGACAAGGCUUGAGGCCCAGGUACCUGCCACAGAGCUGGACCAGCGGCGGCACUGCUGCCCCCCCGAGCAUCCCCCCCAGGAGACAACCUGCGGGCCUAGUCAGUGGAUGGUGCAGCCGUUCACCCCUCAUGGCGUCUGUCCACUGCAGAACCAGACGCGCGUCCGGAUGCUUCUCCUGAACCUAGAGUGCGGGCAGGGCCCCCCGCCAGUGCUCGGGAGUGCAGUGGCCAGCACAGAAGUGAAGAUGAAGCUGCAGGAGUUUGUCCUCAACAAGAAGAAGGCGCUGGCCCACCGGAACCUGAACCACUGCCUGUCGGGUGACCCUCGCUACUGGUACGGGAAGACACAGCAUAGCUCCCUGGACCAGAGUUCGCCCCCCCAAAGUGGGGUGUCAGCCUCCUACAACCACCCGGUUCUGGGCAUGUAUGACACCAAAGACGACUUCCCUCUUAGGAAGACAGCCUCUGAGCCCAACCUGAAGUUGCGGUCCAGGCUGAAGCAGAAAGUAGCCGAGAGACGGAGCAGCCCCCUGUUGCGCAGAAAAGACGGGCCAGUGGUCACCGCUCUCAAAAAGCGCCCGCUGGACAUGACAGUAAUGGGGGUGCUGCCCAUGGGCCCCGGUGAUGGGGGUACUGCCCCGUGGGGCCUGGAGACAGUGGGGGGCUGCCCCGUGGGGCCCAGAGAUGGGGGUGGGCCAGGGGCUGCCCUGCAGGGCCCGGAGCAGAGAGUUGAGAAGGAUAUCAUCCCCAAGCCGAGUGAGCCGACCCGGCAACCUGAGAGCCACCCAGAGGAGACGGAGGAGGAGCUCCGGGAGCACCAGGCUCUUCUGGAGGAGCCCUACCUGGACCGGCUCCCCGGCCACAAGGGGAUGCUGUCGCCGGCCGGCGUGCAGGUGAAGCAGGAGCCCGUGGAGAGUGACGAGGAGGAGGCGGAGGCAGGCCCACGCCCGGCCACCGACCAGGAGCUGCUCUUCAGACAGCAAGCCCUUCUCCUGGAGCAGCAGCGGAUCCACCAGCUGAGGAGCUACCAGGCCUCCAUGGAGGCCGCCGGCAUCCCCGCUUCCUUCGGCGGCCACCGGCCCCUGUCCCGGGCACAGUCAUCCCCCGCGGCCGCCACCUUCCCCAUGUCUGUGCAGGAGCCCCCCGCCAAGCCGCGCUUCACGACAGGCCUCGUGUACGACACGCUGAUGCUGAAGCACCAGUGCGCCUGUGGCAACACCAACAGCCACCCUGAGCACGCCGGCCGUAUCCAGAGCAUCUGGUCGCGCCUUCAGGAGACUGGCCUCCGUGGCAAGUGUGAGUGUAUCCGUGGACGCAAGGCCACGCUGGAGGAGCUGCAGACCGUGCACUCAGAGGCCCACACGCUGCUCUAUGGCACCAACCCCCUCAACCGGCAGAAACUGGACAGUAAGAAUCUUCUAGGUUCCCUCACGUCGGUGUUCGUGCGGCUCCCGUGUGGUGGUGUUGGGGUGGACAGCGACACCAUAUGGAAUGAGGUGCACUCGUCAGGGGCGGCCCGUUUGGCCGUGGGCUGUGUGGUGGAGCUAGUCUUCAAGGUGGCCACGGGAGAGCUGAAGAAUGGCUUUGCGGUGGUCCGGCCCCCAGGACACCACGCAGAGGAGAGCACACCCAUGGGUUUCUGCUACUUCAACUCAGUGGCCAUCGCAGCCAAGCUUCUCCAGCAGCGGCUGAGUGUCAGCAAGAUCCUCAUUGUGGACUGGGACGUGCACCACGGGAAUGGGACGCAGCAGGCGUUCUACGGUGACCCCAGCGUGCUCUACAUCUCCCUCCAUCGCUAUGACGACGGCAACUUCUUCCCAGGCAGCGGGGCCCCCGAUGAGGUGGGCACAGGGCCCGGUGUGGGCUUCAAUGUGAACAUGGCCUUCGCCGGUGGCCUCGACCCCCCCAUGGGUGAUGCCGAGUACCUGGCUGCUUUCAGGACAGUGGUCAUGCCCAUCGCUAACGAGUUUGCUCCGGACGUGGUGCUUGUGUCAUCAGGCUUCGACGCUGUGGAAGGUCACCCCACCCCCCUCGGAGGCUACAACCUCUCUGCCAAAUGUUUUGGGUACCUGACCAAGCAGCUGAUGGGCCUGGCCGGUGGCCGCAUCGUGUUGGCCCUUGAAGGUGGUCAUGACCUGACGGCCAUCUGUGAUGCCUCGGAAGCCUGCGUCUCAGCCUUGCUGGGAAAUGAGCUGGACCCCCUCCCAGAGAGGACUUUGCAGCAGCGAUCCAAUGCCAACGCCGUCCGCUCCAUGGAGAAGGUCAUCGAGAUCCAUAGCAAGUACUGGCAUUCCCUGCAGCGUGCUCCCUCAACCACGGGGUAUUCGCUGGUGGAGGCCCAGAAAUGUGAGAAUGAGGAGGCAGAAACGGUCACCGCCAUGGCCUCGCUGUCCGUAGGCGUGAAGCCAGCCGAGAAGAGACCGGAGGAAGAGCCCAUGGAGGAAGAGCCACCUCUGUAG